AAAGCGGUGUUAAUCACACAAAGAGGGACUGGCUACACUAAGCGCAAACAAGUCUUGCAUUUUGCAAUAAAUUCUCUCGCCGGUUUUGUUAUUGUUUUGGUGCUCAGGUGCCGCAGAUAAGCUCAUAUCUGACCUUGAAUAAGUACGUGUAAAUCUUAUUUGUGAAAUCGGCAAUAAUCAGCAGGUAAACCCCACAAACACAGUGAAGUUGCUGCAAACAAUUCGCAGGAUGAGCCAAGGUGCCUCGGAGGUGCCACUUUCGGCACUUCGUCUAAAGUACUGUGAGCGCAAGGACGCCUUCCUGGAGGAUAACAUCAAGGUGAAGAACCCCUUCUGUGUAUUCCGAGACUGGCUGGAGUUGGCCCUGAAAACGCCGGAGAUUUUGGAACCUAAUGCCGCCGCUCUGGCCACCGUGAGUGCGGAGGGUAGGCCUUCCAAUCGCUAUGUGCUGGUGAAAGAAGCCACCGCCGAGGGAUUCACCUUCUUCACGAACUACGGUAGCCGCAAGGCGGAAGACAUCAAGUCCAAUCCCAAUGUAGCCAUAUCCUUCUACUGGCUCCCUUUGCGGCGAAGUGUCCGCAUCGAGGGCGUGGCUGAGAAGAUCUCGGCGGAGGACUCCCUCAAGUACUUCCACCAGCGACCUAGGGCCAGCCAAAUCGGAGCCGCUGCCAGUCCGCAAAGCCAGCGGAUUCCGUCGCGCAGCUACUUGGACGACGUGGAGGCGGCAAUCAAGCUUGAACUGGGUCCCGAUGGCGAGGUGCCGCUGCCCAACUGGGGCGGCUACUUGGUGCGUCCCGACCUCAUUGAGUUCUGGCAGGGUCAGACCGAUCGGCUCCACGAUCGCAUCCGCUUUAGACGAGGUGGUGGAGUGGAAUCCGAAGUCGACGGCAAGCUGGUUCACAAGGGAGAGGAUGGAUGGGUGUACGAACGGCUGGCUCCUUAGGCACUGGGAUCUGGAGUUCAGCUACAGAUGCAUUGAAAAUGUCUUCCAAAUCUAGUUGUUAUGCGCAAUAUAAUAGAGGAAUGUGUAAAGUCACUAUAAACAACUAUAUACAUAUGUACAAGCUUAACUAUUAAAUACAAAUUGCAGAUUGCCUUUAAAUUUUGUAA